AUGGAAAGCUCAUUUACGUGUCAUUUACUGGACGAGCGUUUUGCGAACGAAACGACGAAAGAAAAAUUACUACGGCAGUCGUCGUGUUUUAAUAUUGACGUAAAUCUACGGCUCAUGCUAUUGUCAGAGCAGCUUGUAGAAACUUUAAUUACGUCGGGUGUGGGGAGAUACCUAGAAUUUGCAGCUAUUGAGCGCACUUAUGUGCAUUUUCAACCAUCAGUGUCUGGAACUCAACAGCUUGAAAAGGAUCUCAAGUUGGAUACGGUUUGGGAAGUUCCUUGCUUCAAAAAAGAUUCUGUAGCGGAUUACCGGGAGAUGCAUGUUUUACACGAGGACGUAAAGACGAAGAACAAGCGGAUGUUAGCGCUUGGACGUGCGCUGAAGCGGCCACAAAACAAGAUCAAUCAGGUGGAUGGAGAUACGAUGAUUGCGGUGUACGUCGAACGUCCGUUUCAGGAGCUACUAGAAAAUACUUCAAGCUUUCCACUAAACUACAAUGGUGGCCGUAUACUGCGUCGGGCUUGCGACUUUCCUGCCACCAAGAACCAGACCUCGGCUCGUGACGGACUUGCUGCAGUCUAUCGCUCUGUGCCGUCAAUUGGAACCGCCUUCUUGGCACCACUGUAUAGCAUCAGCGAGCUUGUGCAGAACUUCUGUCGGCUUUAUGCUGUGUACGGUGGUACCUACGUUCUAUGUGCUCCGUUGAUGGAUUCGUGCUGA